AUGGAGGCGAUCGCUGAGAAGCACGCGGGCUUCAUCUCCCGCCUGACGAAGCUUCUCGAUCUCUUCGUCACGAUGCGCUACAUAUCUUCAUCUGAUAUCAUUCGCCCACCUCACUCUUCCGAGACCGUCGCAACUUCCAUCUUCGAGAAGAUAGGCCUGGAUUCUGAGGUCAUUCAGUUGAUUAGAUUAAUCCCUGCAAUGCGCAGCGAAAUCGUCGAAGGGUGGCAGUGGUUCGGCGUCGAACUGACUCCCCGCUCAAAAGCCGUGACAUACUUCGCCGACUCCGGUGACACAGAUUUCGUCGAGGAUCUGCGGUGGGGUGAAAGGUACCAUGACGAGAAUACCAAGCUGCUGCCACCUCAUAUGUUGAGGUUGACAAGUGGUGAUACCUAUAGCGGGCAUUACGGUACUGACUUGAUCUAUGAUACACAGGACCAAACGAUAAUGGAGUGGUCUUCAGUUGGACCUGACCGCAACGAAUGGGAGAAAGCACCUAGGAGACCGGCAGAGAAUGUGCUUGAUGAAAUCAUCUCAAAGUUUCAAAGCCUAGAAUGGGUUCCGUAUUACGAUCCCCACGAUGAUCACGAUCCACCGGCGCGAAAAAUCUUGGAAGAUCCUAUUAUUAUCCAGAACCUUUUUCCUGGAGGCAUUCGUCUCCCUACUGAGACGGCCGCCGCGAUUCAGUAUAUGAGACAGCACCAUGGCUCAGAUGGUGCUGAUGGGUGGCGACGGAGGAUCAAUCGUUUCCGAGCGUGGCAGAAGAUCUACCGCGACUGUGGAUGGGGCUCGGAGGCAUUUGACGGCGAAGCCUUCGAACUGAAAAGAGCAGAUUUUAUUGUGGCUUUAGAAGAGCUCGAGGAUAUGGAAUUGGGGGUACGCAAUCGCUCGUGGGCUAUUUCUGUCGGUGCACAGCAGGUAGUUGGAGUAGAUGCUCCCACGUUGGAGCAAGUUACUGCACGGCUUGAUCACUUCCUUGUGCAAGCUGCUGGAGAGCUCGCUGUUUGA